AUGGAUGAUGACAGACCCAAAACAUCUUCUUUUUCAUUUUCUCGAUUUGGCCGUAGAUUAGAUUAGAAAAAGUCAACUGGAACUAGAUUCUAUCCUUAAAAUGUGGUUGUGAUUCCUCCAAUAAAAAUUGAGAAGAAAACAGUAUAAAAAGGAGAUUGGCUAUUCAGAAGGAUAGAUAGAUCAUAAGGAUCAAUUUACUCUCAAUAACAUUAGGCUACAUAAGCAGAAAGAGAUUAUAAACCUCAUUUCGAUAUUAUAGAAAAACAUAUUCCAAUAAUAAGCUUUGAAAAGCAAACAAAGAGAAGAUCAAUGAGUCUAUCAAAUAAUUAAUAGGAUAUCUCGAAUGUUUAAGUUCCUCCUGCGAAAAUAAAAAUGAUGAUUCCUUUUGAAAAAUAAGAAGGAAGAAAGAAUGUAUAAAGAGAUACAGUUGAUAAAUUUUAUUAGCCAAUAGAUUUAGUUAAAACAAACAAUGCUCAUUCUUUUGAAUCUUAUUCAGCAAGAAAACCUUUAGCUGAGAAAGAUGCAAUGCCAGAUUAUGAAAUAUAAAAGAGUUUCAACUAUAUAAAAUAGAGAAGAUAAACAGCAGUUGAUUUUGGAAAGUCAGCAUAAUAAAAAGAACACUUGCCUAUAACAUCUUUGUUAGAUUAUGAUGUUAAAUUAAAUAAGAAGAUUAGAACAAUUUUAUUUAACAAGUAGAUUCCUAGAGAGAAAAAAGCUUAGAAUGAAAUGUUCACUAAAUUAUUUUAGCGAUUAAAAGCUAAAUUUAAUUGA